AGUUGGGACGUGUGGCGUACCACAGCUGCUACCACCUCUUUCAACAUCAUGCCCAAUGGAACAACAAGUUUCAUACAAUACAUCCUGUGAAUUUUCAUGUGAAAAUGGCUAUACUCUACAAGGAAUGUCACCGUUGAGUUGCUUGGCCAGCGGAAACUUUUCUAAUGAGAUACCAACCUGCCAAAUUGUGACCUGUCUUCUACCUGAGACAUUCUCUCAAGAACUGUCUUCUGUAGACUGUGACGCUGGAAGCUCCAUUGACUUUAAUUCACUGUGUACAUUCGAGUGUUCAGAAGGACACGAUUUAGUUGGUAGUAGUACUAUUACUUGCCAGAGUAAUGGAGAAGUAUCAGCAUCUAUUCCUACCUGUUCAGUUGUAUCCUGUUCCAUACCUGAGUUUCCAUCACGCUUGUCAUCUAUGACGUCACAAUGCAAUGGCGGACAAUCCAUCAAUUACACACAAACCUGCUCAUUUUCAUGUGAUACGGGAUAUAAUCUGGUUGGAUCUUCAUCAGUUACGUGUUUGGCUAACUCGUCUCUUUCUGACAGCUUGCCAACGUGUGAAAUUGAGACGUGUGGCGUACCACAGUUGCUAUCACCUCUUUCAACAUCAUGUCCAAUGGGACAACACGUUAGAUACAAUACAUCCUGUGAAUUUUCAUGUGAAAAUGGCUAUACUCUACAAGGAAUGCCAUCUUUGACUUGCCUGGCCAGCGGAAACUUUUCUGAUGAGGUACCAAAUUGCCAAAUUGUAUCCUGUUCCCUCCCGGAGGUAUUCUCAGAAGAAUUUUCAUCUUCUGUCAACUGUGAUGCCGGAAGCACCAUAGUCUUUAAUACAACUUGUAGUUUUGAGUGUUACAUAGGAUAUUCUCUAAUCGGUGUUGAGAAUAUCACUUGCCAGACUGAUGGUCUUCUCUCAGCCGCAGUGCCUUACUGUAAUGUUGUGACGUGCAGCAUCCCAAUGUUCCCAGCAAAUCUGACUACACCAAACACACAGUGUGGUGAAGAGAUGAUGAUAGACUAUAACACAAUGUGCAUGUAUGAAUGUCAGCAGGGCUAUGACCUCAUCGGCAACGCCUCUAUCGGUUGCCAGGCUAACGGUGAACUUUCCACUGAUCUACCCACUUGCCAAGUCAUUGAUAUAUGCCAAAAAUUCUCCCCUUGCCCUACGGUAUCGACAUGCAACGGGGGCAUCAGCACCUUCUCUUGUUCGUGCGACGCUGGAUACACGACGGAUGUCACCAUAACGAGUGACACAACCACAUAUACAUGCGUGAACAUCAACGAAUGUAACGCGUCACCUCCCGUGUGUGACAGCAACGCUCGAUGUAACGAUUUAAGUGGCAGCUACCUGUGUACGUGUAUGGAGGGAUUCUCCGGCAAUGGCACAUUCUGUGAAGCUUUAGAACCUUGCACCCUAUCACCUUGCCAAAAUGGAGGAACAUGUACUAAUACUGAUGACGGAUCAUCGUAUAUAUGCACCUGUCCACAAUCGUUUACAGAUGUUAAUUGUAACACUGUGAUUGUAGAACAAGAACCCCUUGCGGUUGUCACCAACCCCGUGUCUCAGAUGGUUGAUGUUGAGGAUCGGGUGACAUUUUCGUGUUCUUUCCAGAACGCUCAGACUUUCAGGUGGUUCAAGGAUAGUGCCCCUAUCCCGAACAGUGAAAAUCAAUCUCCAUUAGUGAUCAACCCAGCUCUUGCCGAAGAUCAGGGAUAUUAUUACUGCUCUGCUAUCGGUGAAGAUGGCACCACUGCUACAACGAAUCAAGCCUUGCUCACGGUUAACGGUGUUGAUAACUAUGUAGUAGUAGCUACAUUUUUAACCAGGACUUUCAACAAUAGUCUAUUGGAUAGAACAUCUUCAUACUUUUUUCAGCUGUCCAAUGAAUUGAUCAAUUUCAUCACGACUCCUCUGCAGAAUAACUUCGAUUCCAGUGUUGCAGCAAGCAUGAAUACCUUUUCUUCUGGAAGCGUUGUGGCGGAGUUUGGCGUCUACGUAUACAAUGGUUCAGUACCAGACAGUGAGCAGUUAUCCAUCAUCCGUUCGACGAUGACAAAUCUUGCUGAAGAAAAUCCUACCUUCCUAGAUCCAGCAUCCAUUCAGACAUUCAGUGCAGUGACCUGCCCAGCGGGAUCUUACAUAACAAGCUAUGGUUACGAAGCCGUGUUUGAUACCGGAGACAUUGGCAGCAGGGCUAACUCCACUGAUGCCAAUUGUCCUGAUUACACCAUUAAUAGGGACUAUCGUAUAGAAGCCAUCUGUGUUGGUGAUACAAUUCGUCCUUGUAUUUGGGUACCCCUGAUGAACUGUGGAAGGAAUCUGACUGCCGAUGAACUACUCAAGAUUCUACUACAGGAGGAAGUUACCGAAGACAACGCAGAAAUGGUGGUCGAGGAAGUGGCAGAAAUUACGACCAUGACCGAGACCAUCUCAACAGAAGGCUUGGAGAUUGUGGCAGAUUUCCUGGAAGAUAUCGUAAAAUUAGAUACUAGUGACGUAGAGGUGACUGAAUCGUUUGUGGCCAUUGCCAACAACUACGCGGAUGUAGCAGAGGAAACACGUGAUAUGGCUGAAGAUGAGAGCGGUGCUUCAAGCCGUGUCGUAGUAUCCUUAGAAACACAGCUCGCUGUAGUAGAAGUGCAGAAUGACUCUCUCCGGAUUAUUGAGCCAAAUAUUGCCGCUGAGGUACUUGAUGUGACUGCAGACGAAAUCAGUCAAGGCUUUACCGUUUACAUGUCUGCUACACCUGACGGAGAUAGCAUUUCCGGUGAUGACUUUCAGGUAGAGCAAGGCGAUCAAACCACGCAGCCAGAGGUGCUUCAAGCCCAAGCCACCCUGUUGUUGCCGCCGACAUUAGGGGACAAGUUGACAGGGUCUACCGGCCGUUUGGUCAUCACCAUUCACCUGGACACAUCUCUCUUCAGGGACAGAGAACUGACAGAGUUGAACGAGAACCAAACGGAGUUUGGACGAGAGUUGAACUCGAGGAUCAUAGGUGCGGCGGUGGAUAAUGAAGAAAUUGAAGACCUAGAGCAGCCAGUGGUUCUAUCAUUUACUCCGAUCAAUCCAAAUGGGACGAAUGCUACCUGCGUGUCCUACAACUUUACCGAAAAGCGAUGGUCCACGAGAGGGUGUAGAAAGACGAGCAAUGAAAGCACAGACAGGAUUACUUGCGAGUGCGAUCACCUAACCAAUUUCGGGACCCUGAUGGAUAUAUAUGGAGGAGAAGGGUUGUCAGCCCGAGCUGAUUUAAUCCUCGACAUCAUAAGCUAUGUAGGCUGCUGCAUGUCAAUAUGGGGUCUGGCUAUUACAAUUCUAACAUAUGCAUCAAAUAAAAAACUUCGCGAUCGUAAGCCCAACCAGAUCCUGCUGUCCCUGUCCGCAUCCCUGUUGUGUCUUUACAUCGUCUUCCUCGUCAUGAUAUCGGUCGAUACGGAACGAGGGGUGGAAGAAAUACCCCCUCUACCCUGCUGUAUUCUUGCCGGCUUCCUCCAUUAUUUCACCCUGACAUCCCUUUUCUGGAUGGCCGUGGAGGGCUACAACAUGUACAUCCUUUUUGUACGUGUUCUCAAUACGCAUUUCCCUCGUUUCUUAAGGAAGGCAUCGUUGUUUGCUUGGGGGACCCCUAUGUUGAUAGUUGGAAUCACAGGAGGGGCAUCGAGGCAGUAUUACGUACAGACGGACUUUUGCUUUCUCCGAUUCUGGCCUCUAAUUGGUGGACUUCUGAUUCCAAUUGGCUUGAUCAUGAUCUUCAACUUCGUUAUCUUCGUCCGCGUCAUCCUGAGACUAAACAAAACCAUUAAAGGGAAGCAACUUGAUAAGACGGAGAAGCGCCAACGCCUGCGAAGAUUCCAGAAUGCAGUGUGCAUCCUUGUCCUCAUGGGGCUGACGUGGGCUGUGGGUUACCUGAGCAUCAUCCAGCCUGCCGCUGAGGUUGUUCAGGGAGUCUUCACCAUCCUCAACUCUUUGCAGGGCUACUUCAUUUUCAUGCUCUACUGCGUCCGCCAGCCUCAGGUUCGCCGCGCAUGGCGCUCGCAGUUCAGCUGUUGCUUGCCCAAGUCCUUCGGCGCGUCGAGCGCCUUCACAUCAGCUUCCGGACAGACAAACUCCACGUCCAAGAACAGCUCUGCGAGGCUCAUGGCUCAGAGAAACCAGCAGAAUAGGUUGUUGGCAAACUCUGAAUCCAAUGGUUUCCGACCAGAGACAAUAAUGCGUACACCACCUGAGAGACUGCCUAGAUCAGCUGCCUAUGAUAACGAAGGCGGCGACUGGUGAUUGAAUUAAUUUUUUUUGUUAUACAUGUAGAAUAGUGAUUUACAUCUUACUCAGAGAAUUUACAUAGCUAUCCUAUAUUCCGGCAAAUUGUCAAUGAGAGACAUACAGUGAGCAAGAUGAACAUAAUUCUUCUGUUUUGAAGCUGUUCCAUGUACUAAAGCCUGUGGAGAGAACUAAACGAACAAAUUUCGCUGUUUUCGAAGGAUUCCAGAACGGCUCCAAAUCAGCUUUACAAAGGGAGAGAAAAAGGGGCCACAAAAAGACUGCAAAACAUUUGUACAAAGCGAGAGAAAGGGGCUAAAAAGUGGCCACAAAAUGGCUACAAAAUAGCAAGUUUUUACCGCUUUUUCAGUAGUCAUGCUCAUUUUACUUUUACGUCGGGGCAUGCUUCACCUUGUUGACAGGUUCAGUAACCGACUGAGUCAUACCAAACACUUAUGAAAAUUGGACCUUCUGUAUUUUAGCUAGUUACUCUUCAUGUAGAUUCGAGAAGAGUCGUAGUGAUGCCAAUUGGCUGUAAGGGCAGUUUCAUGAGUUAUACAUGUAGAUACCAUGGAUGAAUAAAACGUCAUUGAAAUUAUUAAUAUUUCAAAGUAGUUAUGUCAUGCGCAACAAUAAUGUACAAAUAGCGAAUAGGCAUAAGUGCGAUGGUGCGAGAUUUUGCAUGAGGUGAAAGAAAGAUGCUCUAUUCAACGAGGCGUUAGCCGAGUUGAAUAGGGCGUCUCUUUCUUUCACCGAAUGCAAAAUCUUGCACCAUUGCACGAAUAAGACUAUUCGCUAUUUGUGUUGUACAACGCCUCGGAAGUUAGCGAAAAUAUGUAAAAACAAGAGUUUUCCCCUGCAGUAAUCUAUGAAAAGGGAGCAAAAAAUGAAAGCGAAAAGCAAAAUCCCACAAGCGCACAUGACCUUGGGCAGCAAUGCGCAUUGAGCCAGCAGGCUUAUACGCGUAUCGCACCUUCAUUUUACUGAGCGCAAUGAAUUAAAUCGUAUUGUGACGUCACCUCCUAAAGCCGUGCAAUGGUACAAUUUGGAUGGUACGUCUUGUGUGCAACGGUACGAAUGUUUGACAUUCAGCCUCUCAUUUGCUCGCGUACAACAAGCUAAGCAGGCGUUGUACAAAUAUCACUAGCAAUAUUGCUUAUAAAAUAUAUAAAGCUUGUGAAAUUCGUCUAAACUAGCUCUUUGUGAAUAUGUUGGUACAAUGUUGUAGUCCAUGUUCCCUUUGCUGAAAAGAAAAUUAUAUUGUGCUUAUAUCAUUGUAAAAAAUACCUGCUGAACAUGCUCUUAUAUCGUAUUUCGCAGCUGUAACAUGUAUUCGAUCUUAUUGCUUAUGAUUUAUUUCCUUAAAAGCAUUCAUGCCUUUGAAAUAUUCCAGUCUCAUGUAUGUUCAUGUUUUGCAUUGAAUUGAUUUUAGAUUGUGAUUUUACCUGGGAAUUGGAUCUUCGUUUGAGUUAACUGAUAGUGCAGAUUAUUUUUUUCUGUGAGCUUCGUAAAAUCAAAUCGUCAUUAUUAUUGGUCAUCUUCUUUAAUGUAUUGUAAUCCGCAAUUCCUUAUGUAUAUCCUCAUACAUGUAUCUUCCUUUUGAUUUCCUUUUGUUUGGUCAAUGAUGUUCAUUGUAGACCAGUAAACACAGAAAUAUUAAAGUUUCCAUCAGCUUAAAUUGAGUAAAAUUAAUAAAACAACAAUCAAUAUUGUAUUGAAAAUUUCAAGAAUAUCAGAUGAAAAUUGAAUAAUGACGUUUCCAUUUUCGUUUAUUUUCAUACAAGAGUGAUUUGCAAUUGAUAAUCAUCAUGACAGAUUACAUAGUUUUGUGAAAUAUACUCUGAAGUUACACAACGAAGUCAUGCUCACCAAAUACGCAUUUUAAUGCACCGCUUGAACAUCCUUUAGAUAAUAAUCAGAACAUUUGAUCUGAGGAAUCAUUUAUUUGUCACAAAUGAAACUAUUAUGUUUAUACUUACCCACUGUAAAAAAAAGAACAAUGUAAAGCAGUUCAUAUAUAGGUAGAUCAGUAGAUUGUACCUAAGUGGUAAACUGGACUUGCUAUUGAAAUUUAUGGUUAUCUUACAAUUAGGAUAAACGGGAGAAAAAAUCAAUUGAAAACAUAUUAGCAACGGAAAAAUUUAUUGGGACUCUAUAAUGGGGUGUUGCAAGAAACUUGCGAUUGAACGCAAAUCGAACGCAACUCCCAAAAUUGAGCGUAAGUCCUCCGAUUAAACGCAAAUCUGCAAUUGAACGCAAGUUACGUUCAAUCCUGUUGCAAGAAGUAGUUGCGUUUGAUCAAUUGAACGUAGAUCAAGCGCAAGCUUUGCAAUUGAUUGCAAAUCGAACGUAACUUAUGUGAGAUUUUAGAGGACGCGCUCGAUUGCGCUCGAUUUACGUUCAAUUGAUUGUCCAUAGGCUUGUGUACUUAUUCUGCCAAUUUUUUUAUUUUUUUAUAUAUUUUUUUGAAAUCUUGAGUUAAUUAUACCAGUUUCAAUUUCCCAUAGGUUUUUUUCAAGAAAAACUUAAAAUAACGUUAUUUUCAACCUUCAUAUGCCUCUACAGCAAUUAUGCCAUUAUUUUCACAAAACUUCACUACAUUCUAUCCUAAUAUAAUUUCAAAGUGUGUCAAUCACCAAAAAUACUCUGCUCUCGUUAUCAGAGGUCAUGAAAUAUUCAAAUUGUGAUUUCUGAAAUAAUUUGUAUGAAGAAAUAUUGAAGAAAUAAUAACUCUCCAUAGCCACAAAAGCCACUGUUUAUUAAAACACCUCAUGCACUGGCAAAUGCUUAUUAAUAUUUCUGAGGGUUUGCAGUAAAUACAACUCAGAUUUUUUUGGCAAGAGCACCAAAUUGCUUCAAUGCUUUCAUUCAUACAUAUCAUAAUGAAUAACAUGCCCAAUUAAGUUAUUUUAAGUUUGAUUUUCAAAUUAAACAUACAUUCCAGGAGAUUGCUACACUUCAAAAUCUGAAGCUCUCUUGUUUCUCCUCUUUAAUCAUGAGAUUGCAUCACAGAUAUAUAUCACACUUGCAUACAGGGAUGAGGUCGAGGGUGAUUCUUCAGAGUCAUGAGGCAGCUUGAGAGAACUUCCCAUAGAUUAUGUACAGUGACUCGGACCGAGGCCAGUAAAAUGUUGCCUCGAGGUCAGCAUUAACUUCAUCCCUGCUUGGAACUGAAAAGAUCCAUUGAUCUGUGCACAAAAAAGAACACUGCUCAAGACAUUCAUUAUUGAUGGACCUUUUAUUUUUAUUUUUCAUUGUUUCUUGCUCCCAAGGAAUUACUUCUGAGAUUCAGUUAUACCAAAUAAAAUUUAAUAUCUUCAUCAA